AUGCGACGGCAGCCGCCAAAUGUGACGGCAGCACGAAAUGUGACGGCAGCGCCAAACGUGACGGCAGCGCCAAACGUGACGGCAGCACGAAAUGUGACGGCAGCGCCAAACGUGACGGCCCCUGCGGGAAGAAUCGUUGGGAUACAGCAGGACGUGCUCGGAACGACGGUUAACACCUUCCUCGGGAUCCCGUUCGCUACACCACCAAUAGGAGACCUGCGAUUCAAACGUGCUGAGCCCAAGGAACCAUGGGAGGGGAUAUACCAAGCAACACGAGCACCCAACGCCUGCAGUCAAGAAGUAUACGAGGAUGACUAUUAUCUGUGGGCAGUGAACACACCAGUCAGUGAGGAUUGUUUGUACCUGAACGUUUGGCAACCAACUCCCGUCCCCACCGGAGCCGCCGUGAUGGUCUGGAUAUUCGGAGGAGGAUUUCAGAUGGGGUCGUGUUCAUCUGUCACGUACGAUGGAAAGUACCUGGCGGCAACCGAAGGGGUGAUAGUUGUAGGGAUGAACUACCGAGUCAGCACACUAGGGUUCCUGUAUGCCGGUACUGAAGACGCGCCCGGUAACGUUGGUCUGACGGACCAGGUCUUGGCACUGCAGUGGGUACAGGACAACAUCGCGUCUUUCGGAGGGGAUCCUUCAAAAGUGACACUUUUUGGGGAAAGCUCUGGAGGAGUCAGCAUUGGCCUGCAUCUGAUUUCUCCUGGCAGUUGGGCUCUUUUCAGCCGCGCGAUACUACAGAGUGGGACUGCUCUAAUUGAAGCUCGAGGGGGCGGCGAUUCCAAGGCUGACGCGUAUAAUAAAACAAUGAGGUUUGCCCAAGCUCUCGGGUGUCCCACAGAAGAAGGCGAAAUGCUGGAAUGUCUUAGAAGCAUGGACGGACAACUGCUUGUGACUACCUGGGCCUUGGGGUACGAAACGUUCAAUCCUAUCAUAGAUGGAAAUUUCCUUCCACUAAACCCGCACGUUGCCUUGGACAACGGGGCGUUCAAGAAAGCAGAUAUUCUCCUUGGUUCCAACGAAAACGAGGGCACCUACUUCCUCCUUUAUGGCGGAUCACCUGGCUUCAGCGAAGACACGGAAAGUCUCAUCACCAAGGAGCAGUUUCUGGAAGGGAUCCGUUAUAACUUUCCUGCAUUCAAUGACUUUGCUGUGGACGCAUCAGCCUUUCAAUACACCGAUUGGAAGGACCUUGGCAGAAAUUCAAUGUACCGUGACGCUCUGGAUUCCCUCUACGGCGAAUUUUCCUUCAUUUGCCCGGACGUCACCACUGGUCGUGCCCAUGUCAGGAAUGGGGCAUCGGUCUACAUGUACCGCUUCGCCCACCGGGGCUCGAUCUCUCCCUUCCCGCCCUGGAUGGGAGUGAUCCACGGCGAGGAGCUACCGUUUGUGUUCGGUCUACCCCUGGAUCCAGCGUACGGCUUCAACGGGGAGGAAAAGGAGCUAUCUCGAAGGAUGAUGCGACACUGGGCGAAUUUUGCACAAACAGGAAAUCCAAAUGACAACGGCGAGAGGAUUUGGAGUGACUUCAACCAAACUACUGGGGGCUAUUUGGUGCUUGACGCGCUCCCAGCCCGAAUGUUGACCGGCCCGAGCACAGUGAACUGUGCGUUUUGGGACAACUACGUCAAACCGCUCAUAAACAAGACAGAGGCUUUAAAGCGAGGUGUGGAGAGGCCUAGUACGUGUAACAAUACUUCUGGAGUACUGGGAAACUACCACACAGGAAAACUACAGAGGAUUGUGGCGAUUUCCACACUGGUCAUCUUACAGCUGGCCACUUUGAAUGAUUAGUCUAGAUAGGCCCCCACCACUAACUUCUGUGCCCACGGCGUGUAUCUUCAGCUAUAUCUGGGGUACCUGAAACGAGGAUUAGCACGACGUGAAGUUGCUCAAAACACGUCGAUCAACACGCACAUUUCGUGUUGAUCGACGUGUAUUGAGAAAAUUCACGUCGUGCUAAUCCUCAUCUCAUGUUUCCCCUAUAUGCUAUUUUCAUGGUACAAUGUAAUUGGUGAGCUGCACUGUUUGCCUUUUGGCCACCGCAGGUUAACAUUUGCGUUCUUGGUCUUCCAUGUGCGUUUAUUGACUGCCCUAUAGUAAGUCUCAGACUGGUAACUGGUUCAUUCUAUGAAAACACAAGAUUCUAACCAUGUAUGCUGUUGUGAUGCUCUACUAUGCAUGUGUAUUAGUUUUAUGUCUUGAAUUAGAAAGAUAAAAAUGCCAUGAGGUUAACAAAGAGUAAAUAUAUAUUUCACUUGGUCCAAUACAACAUACAGGUAUAUUGGUACUGCAACAAGCUUUGGUACUGUCUUGUACUACUCGACUAUUACACAGCAUUGUUUCAAAGUCAUACGUAUACAUUCUUAUGCUCUCUCUGAAAAAAAAAAUUCCCUCAAGUUAACAGGUAUAUACCAAGUACAGUUUGAGAAAUAAUCAUGAUGUCAAUAUCCCAGAAAACAAUGUAACUGUUAAGCCCCGUUCACAAAUCAAGAAUUUAGCUCGGCCGAGUUGUCAGUGAGCUCUAAGUUACGAGGAGGUAUGACCCUGAUG